AUGGGGCACCCUGCCCUGGCUCCCGCCACCCCCACCCAGGCCUGGCCCCGCUGGUUCACUGGAGGGCCCCUCCAGUCUUCCCGGCUCUCUCCAAAUGCCCCGGGGGUGCUCUCGUUCCCAGCUGGACCUUCCCUUCCCCAGCCCCGCCUUCCGUCAGAAGCCCCACUCCGCUCUCGGACUCACCAAGGGUGGGGGCACCGACCUUCCUUCCGAGCAGCGUCGGGGGCCAAGUCCCAAGACGAGGUUGGGGGCCCCCAAGGCUCCCUAGGGCGGGCUUCUCUCUCUGGACCCUUCGGCCCCUGGCCUCAAGGAGGUCCUCAGAGCCGUCACCGGAGACAUCUGGGCGGUGGGAGGGGGCGGGGCCUCCACGCUCCAAGGAAGGGGGCAGGAAAAAUCUCCGUCAACCCCCGCCGGGCUCCGGUGGGUGGGGGGAGGGGGGGGAAUGAGCAAGGUUCCAGCGGGUCCGGGACUCCGAGGCCACAGGUGACUCGGGCACAGGGCGACCGAGGCGACGGCGGGCCGGUCCCAGCGCGCAAGCCAAAGUCGGAGGGAUCGGAGGGCGCCGGGAUCCCCUCAGCCCACGCCCGGUAUUCCCCGGGCUCGGCACCGUCCGGGAUCCGCUCUGUCCAGUCCAGAUCGGCCGGCUCCGGGCUCCACCGUGGUCUCUGCCCUGCCGGGAGCGAGCUGGCGCCCGUAGGCGCCCGGGACACGCUCAGUCCGGACCCAGAACGACCGCGCUCCGGCACCUGCGGCGUCCGGAGCGGCCGCGAGGGUCCGCUCAGCCCAGCCCCGCGGUCCUCCCGGGGCGACAACGCUCUCGCGGCUCAGUCCACGGCCGGAACGGUCCGGAAUCGCCGGGUCCCGGGGGGAGGGGCAGUGUUGGCCGUGGGGACCCGGUCCCCUCCGGGCCGGGCCGAGAGCGCGCGGGGCAGGGAACCCGGCCGGGCUGGGGAAGGGGCCGGCCCGGCUCGCCGGGAGGGAGCUUUUAAAGCGACACACACGCCUCCCAGCGCCGAGCACCGAGCGCGCGAGCCGGGGGGUCUCGCCACCCGGGGGACGAGGAAGCGUCCGGCGCUGACGGGGGUGGAGGCGGACUCUCCCGAGCGCACUCCUGUUGACCUCGGAGUGCGGAGGGGCAGCGGGCUAGGGGCUUACUCGGGUCCUACCUUUCCGCCCUGUGACAGCCUGGCAGAGCAGAGCCGCUCCAUGUGGCAUCAAGAUCAUAAAGAGAGCUCAGUAAACCCUGAACAGGGGCACAAGCGAAAGCACCAUGGCUCCCUGGAUGACUGGAACCCCUACUAUAUGUUCUCGGCCUAUAAGGGUAAAAAGACACCCGGUCUGAGCAGUCAUGCUGGAAAGAAGAAGGCCAUCAAGCCCUGGUCUGCCGGAAAAGCCAAAGCAGGCCCCCUCGGCUCCAUCCUGCCUGCCCUCGUCACCGGCAUGGCAGAGAGACGGCCCCUGCUCCUGCAGUGGGACCACUAG